AUGACUGCAUCUAAGAUACCUGUUAUUGCAAUAGUAGCUGCACUAUUACCAGAAAUGGGGAUUGGCUUCCAGGGUACUUUACCAUGGCGUUUAUCCAAAGAGAUGAAAUAUUUUAAACAAGUAACCACAAAUACGUUUGAUUCAAAUAAAUGUAAUGCAGUGAUAAUGGGUAGAAAAACAUGGGAAUCUAUACCCAAAAGAUCCAGACCCCUACCGAAUAGAAUGAAUGUGGUUAUUUCAAGAAGUUUUACUGAACAUUUGAUCUCUGAACAAAUCAAUGAUGAAAAUACACUUAAUUAUUAUAAGAUCAACUCUCUGCAAGGCGCCAUCAAGAAGUUGAACAUUUUCCAUCCUAAUAUAGAAAGAAUAUACAUUAUUGGUGGUGGUGAAAUUUAUGAAUCAGCAUUUAAUCUUAUUGAUCAUUGGUUAAUAACCAAAUUAGAAAUACUACCAAAUGAUGAACAGAAUAUGGUGCCUACCAUGGAUACUUUUUUAAACAAAGAAAGGUUAGUAAAACAAUUUCAACAACGACCAAAAUCAGAUUUGUCUGAAUUUCUCCCAUUUGAUGUUAAAUUACCUAAUUCAAAUGAAGAUAAUGAAAAGGGUUAUCACUUUGAAUACACGCUUUACAGCAGAAAGUAG